UCCAUUAAGUGGCGUUUGUGCUUUUGUGUAUAGUGAAAUAUAAAUGCAAUGAAUGUUAUAAAUAAUAAAGUAUAAUUUUUAACAACUAUGGUACUGCUCAUUCUUCUGGAACAAUUAUGCAUCCCAUCCAUUAUUUAUGGCUGGUUGAAUUCUUUUUGGAACACCCAUAGAAAUAAUAGGAAGGCUCUAGGCUAGCCGCUCAUGGUUAUACGUGUAGUCAUAGGAUCAAUGUAAAUGAAUGUAAACAUGGCAAAUUUUGAAAACGAAGGGAGUUCAUACAUAGAAGAAUUAAACAAUAAUAAUGUUAGUACUGGAGGAGAAAAUUCUCAGGAUUCUCAAGAAGAAAUCGAAAAUAAUACCCGUACCGAUGAAGAACACAAAGAAAAACUAUCAAAAUUACCAUUAGGUCGAAUUAAAACAAUUAUAAAAAUGGAUCCUGAAGUGAACAUGGUUAACCAAGAAGCCGUUUUUCUAAUUGCGAAAUCAACGGAAUUGUUUAUUGAUUCACUUGCUAAAGAAUCUUAUAAACAUACUGCACGAAUGAAAAAAAAAACUAUACAAAAACGAGAUGUAGAAAGUGCAAUUAAUAAUGUUGAUGCACUUGUAUUUUUAGAAGGCACUCUCAAAUGACACUUGUUGACAGAAAUUUUAUGUCUAAUAUAACAUAAUAAUAAUAUUAUUUUUGUAUCUCUGUAAAAGAAGUUGUAUUUUUAUGUUAAAAAAGACAAUUAAUAAAUAUUGUAAAAUAUUUAAAUGUUAUUUCAAUUUUUGUGAUAUAUAUAUAUAUAUAUAUAUAACAAAUGUACAAGAGUUGAACCAGUAGGAGAUAUUGUUGAGUACAAUUCGUAAAUGAAAAUGAUAUUCAAACUUCAUUGAAUUAUGCUGUGUUAAUUUAAUUACAAUAAAUAAAGUUUUUGGAUAAAAGAUACAAAAAGUUCAUAAAAAUUACAUAAAGGCGUUUUAUUAUGAAUUUUGAAAGACAAAGACAUAGUUUUUAAUUUCUUUAUGAAACAGAGACAACGGUAUUGGUUGAAAAUA